AUGCCCGUCUUCAGCUCCCUCUCGGGUACUGUCAUACGCUGCUUCAAGCGCGUAGAAGCAUUCGCAGACUGGAUCACAGGCGCCGCCGGACCGUUCUUUGUCUUUUUCUGUUGGGUCCUCAUCGGCUCGGGCGGUAUACUCUUCUUUGACGUGGUAGCCCGCGACCUCAACAUAUUCGCCCUCCUCGUCCUCUCUCCCAUCCUCAUCCUCGUUCCCCUAAACCUCUACACCCACUACUAUCUCGUCACCCACGUGCCCCCCGGCCACCCUGCUCCACGAGCAUCCGGACCGGAUAGGAACGUCAAAUGGAUCAUCCAUGAUCCCAAAAGUAUCUGGUCAGCUGAGCGGUGGGGUUUUCGACGGCGCGUGAGGCUGCCUCUGAGCCAGGGUGCGGCGGGGGAUACGGGGUAUUCUAGAAAUGGGGGGCAGGGCGAAGCGGGGAGAAGGGUGAAGCGGUGUAGAAAGUGUGAUGGCCCCAAGCCAGAAAGGACACAUCAUUGCUCAGUGUGCAAGAGGUGUGUUUUACAGAUGGAUCACCAUUGCCCAUGGAUCAAUAAUUGCGUCGGGCUGCAUAACCAGCGUCACUUUGUCCUCUUCAUGGCCUGGCUCUCACUAGCCUGCCUCGUCCUCUGCACCCUGGGAUUCCAACGCUUCAUUGAUACAUUCCGCUAUUCUGCCGAGUGGCCUGCGUACUCGCCGCAAUUGGCAUUCACCAUGAUAUGGGUGCUUGCUGCUGCUAUCGGUUUUGCGGUUGGCGUUCUUUGUGCUUGGCAUUUGUAUAUGGUGUCUAAAGGAGAGACGUCUAUCGAAUCGCACGAUAACGAUUAUCUUGCAAACAAGGCCAAGAGAGAAGGUCUCAUUUACUUGAACCCCUAUGAUCUCGGCAGACGGCGGAACUUGGAACUUUUCUUCAACAUCGGCCUAGGCGGAUAGU